AUGGCACCUCGCAAGCUUCAAGUUGGAGUCGCUGGUCUCGGCAGAAUGGGCAAGCGACAUGCCCUUAAUUUUCAUCAAAAUGUCCCUCGAGCUGUUCUAGUCGCCGUCACUAGCCCUGAUGCUGCCGAGAGGGAAUGGGCUGCCGAGAACCUCGCCCCUGACGGGGUAGCCAUAUAUGAGAACUACUCUGACAUGAUAGCCCACGUGGGCUUGGAUGCAGUUUGCGUCGCCUCUGCCACUGCGGUGCAUGCUGAACAGACCAAUGCCGCUAUCGCGGUAGGCAAGCACGUCUUGUGCGAGAAGCCCCUCGGCACAACGGUCGAGAUUUCUCAAUCUGUUGUUGAUGCCGCUGCUACCCGCCCCGAUCUCAAAGUCAUGUGUGGCUUUUCCCGCCGUUUCGAUGCUUCAUACCGCGACGCAUACGAGAAAACAAAGUCAGGCUUGAUUGGCCGCCCAUCUGUUCUUAGGAGCCAGACUUGCGAUGUGCUAGAUCCUUCAGGCUUUUUUGUCGCAUAUGCCCAGUUCUCUGGUGGUAUCUUCGUUGAUUGCAGUAUUCAUGAUAUUGACCUGGCUCUAUGGUUCUUCGGUCAAGAGUCCAAGGUUCGAUCAGUACACGCUGUAGGAAUCACGGCAGUGGAACCGGAUCUCCGAAAGUAUGAUGAUAGAGACAAUGCCGUGGGCAUUGUCGAAUUCUACGAUGGGCGCAUUGCGUAUUUGUAUGCCUCACGAAUGAUGGCUGCUGGUCAAGAGGAUACGACAGAGAUUAUCGGAACAAAGGGUAAGCUGUCUGUGAACUUGAUCCCUGUUGAGAACCACGUUCGGAUUUAUGGACAGGAAGGUAUCAGGCAUGAGCUCCCGCAAAACUACUGGGGACGAUUCCAAGCAGCGUUCACAAGGGAGGCUAUCGAGUUUACCGAAUGCGUGCUGGAUGACAAGCCAGUGCCUGUUGAGCUAGAAUCAGCGGUAACGGCAGUCCGCAUCGGCGCCGCUUUGCAACGGUCUAUGAUUAUGGGGAAUAAGAUUCAUUUUGACGAAGAUGGUAACGAGGCCAAUAGAGCUCAAUUAUGA